GCCCAGAAAUCAACCUGGCCAGCCGCUGACUCCCUGUUUUAGCCUCGUAAUUUUUAUUUUUAUUUUUAUUUUAGUUUUUUUUUUGUCUUUGCCUCUGCGCUUCCAGACGCCCCGCAAAUUCUCUUCUGGUAGAUAAAAAGCUUGUGCUGGACCCCACCAUUUCCGUCACUACUACCAACGAAAAAAAUCAAACCGCAUCUUUCGCCUUCCAAGCAACCUCUUCCUCCUCCAACCACUCUACUUCCCUCUCUUCUACUACACCCUAACUACCCGUCCGAAUCUCAUACCAGUCCAUUCAUACACCAUGGCUCUCCGUGCGCAAUUCGAAAACUCCAACGAGGUUGGUGUCUUCGCGACCCUCACAAACUCUUAUGCUCUUGUUGCUCUCGGCGCCAGCGAAAACUUUUACAGUGUUUUCGAGUCCGAGCUCCAAGACAUCAUCCCUACUGUCCGCACCACAAUUGCCGGCACACGCAUCAUCGGCCGCCUGACGGCCGGUAACCGCAAGGGACUUUUGGUGCCCACCACCACCACCGACCAGGAGCUGCAGCACCUGCGCAACUCGCUGCCCGACUCGGUCCGCAUCCAGCGCAUUGAGGAGCGCCUCUCAGCCCUCGGUAACGUCAUUGCUGCCAAUGACCACAUCGCCCUCAUCCACCCCGAUCUCGAGCGCGAGUCCGAGGAGAUCAUUGCCGACGUCCUCGGCGUCGAGGUUUUCCGCCAGACCGUCGCCGACAACGUCCUCGUCGGCAGCUACAUGGCCCUCUCCAACCAGGGCGGCCUUGUCCACCCCAAGACCAGCAUCCAGGACCAGGACGAGCUGUCCAGUCUGCUCCAGGUGCCCCUCGUUGCUGGCUCCGUCAACAGAGGCAGCAACGUCGUCGGCGCCGGCAUGGUCGUCAACGACUGGCUCGCCGUCACUGGCCUCGACACAACAGCCACCGAGCUGAGUGUUGUCGAGAGCGUCUUCCGCCUCGGCGACGGCCAGGGCCCAAGCAACAUCAACACAAACAUGAAGGAUACCAUGGUGGAAAGCUUCUACUAAGCAAUGUACUAGCGGUUCUUUUCUCUUUAUACGGUUUAUUUUUCAUGGGCACGGUGUUGGGUCUUGUUUCUUGCUCUCCUUGGGUUUUCUCUCUGUCCCUUCUCUAGGGUUUUUUUUUCGUCGUAUCUUGCAUAGAUGCUAAAAGCGUCAAAGACGAUAUUUUAUGGUAGCAUUUUGUAUAUAAAAACAAAAAAAGUAUAGACUUGAUGCUCACAC